AGAGGGAGGGGUAGAGGGAUAGAGGGAGGGGAGGUCACAGGUCGCGGGGUCACAGGUCGCGGGCCCGCUGGCUGGCGAGGCGUUCCCUCCCGCUCCGUCUUACUCCCCCCCCCGUCCUCGUCUCCGCCGCCGCUGCCUCCUCUCUUCGGGCUUCGGUCGCGACCACCAAGCAACGCGCCGAGGAGGGAUAAGCGAUGCUGAUUCACGCCGAGGUGGGCGGCAGGCGAAUGAGCCAGGCGGCUGGGUUGCGGUGUUGCCUGGGGCUCUUGUUGUUGUUGUAGCGGGGGAGAAGAUUGAGGUGGCGGGGCGGGGGAGAGGUGGGACGUGCGGCCUAGUCGUCUCGGCCGCCUCCCCAUGCCUCCGCCUCGGCCAAGGCCGCCAGUCGAGGGCGCCGCGGGCGUGCGGGGUGCCACGCCGCUUCCUGUUUUGCAAUCCCUAGCGGGGAUAGGCGCCGCGCGAUUUGUUGGCGCUCCCCAUUGGUCCGCUACGCUCACGCGGUCGCGCGCUCGGCCAAUGGGGAGGCGCGAUACGGUGCGCGUUGCCUAUCCGCGCUAGGGUUUCCGAACGGCGUCUCGACAACGAGGCCCAAACCGCUCGGCGCAACGAGGCCGCCGCCUUCGCCCCUCCACGUUUUAUUCGUGACUUUAAUUUUAACAAACCUAAAUAAAAACGUAACUUUUUCAACGACCGCAGCUGGAGAGGGGGUAUCGUCGUUGGGAGUGUGACGUCUACGCGGCGGCGGAAAGGUUCCCUCAAACGGAGCGGGCAUGAACCCUGGUUCCGAGCCGUGGCAGAACCUCGCGCACAACGACGGCGCCUCCUCGCCCGGCACCUCCGUGGACGACUCCGCCUCCUGCAAGGACCCCAACAUGGCCCCCACCUCCACCUCCGAAGCCGCAUGCCGACACAUCAAUGGGGAGGCUGAGAUGAGGCAGCCCUCACCACCGGCGCUUGGCGAUGCCACCACCCACGCCGCUCACACAGCCCACACCGCUGAGGCCGCAGACUCGGAGGGCCUCCCUGAGGGCGGCUCCGCGCUCAGAGAUGCGCUGAAGAAACAACUCGAGUACUACUUCUCCAGGGAGAACCUGGCUGGAGACGCGUACCUGCUCUCCCAGAUGGACAGCGAACAGUUUGUUGCCGUGGAGACCAUCGCCAACUUCAACCUCGUCAAGAGACUGACAUCCGACAUCAACCUCGUCACGGACGUGCUGCGAUCAUCGACGCUGGUCCAGGUGGACGAGGCCGGCAGGAGGGUGCGACCCGUGCUGCCCAAGCGCUGCAUCGUGAUCCUCCGCGAGGUUCCCCAGAGCACGCCACCCGAGGAGAUCGAGGCGCUGUUCAACGGCGAGCACUGCCCGGGCUACGUGGGCUACGAGUUCGCGCACAACGACAGCUGGUACAUCACCUUCGACUCGGAGGCGGACGCUCAGCGGGCCUACAAGUACCUGCGGGAGGAGGUGAAGGUGUUCCUCGGAAAACCAAUCAUGGCGCGCAUCAAGACCAAGCCGCUGGCCGUCAACCCCUUCAUGGCGAAGCCUCUGCCGGCGCUGCCCGAGGCCGGGCUGGUGCCCGCCCAGGCGGCGCCGCCGCCUCCGCCCGCCCCUGCCAGCGUGACGCCGCUGUUCGCGCAGCAGAUGUACAGCUCGGCGCCGCACCACCAGUACCCCGUGUACGGCGCCACCGUCGGCCCGCCGCCGCCGCCUCACCCCCACAUCUGGCCGCCCUCCGCGCACUUCCAGCCGCCCGUGGCUUCCUUCGCCAGCUCGGGGUUUCUCAACGGCUUCACCGGGCCCAUCCUCAUCAAGCCGCGUGGCGGCAUGAACCAGCCGAACGUGCGCAGCUACGCGCCGAGACAGAGGAGCCACAACAACCACAACAAACCGCCGAGCCGCCCUUACGUGAAGACCGACGGCGGCACGGUGGUGCCGCUGUCGCUCGUGCAGACUGCGCCCCCGGACCGCCGCCCGCCCUACGUCGGCGCUUCCAUCGCCGGCCCCCCGCCUCCUCCGCCUCCUCCGCCUCCUUCCGCCGCCAUCUCUGGGCCGAUGGGCGCCCCCCGCAUCGCUUCGCUGCCGCAGUCGCAGCCGCCGCCGCAGUCCGUCUCGGCGUCGGCCGCACCGUCGCUGCACCGCCCCGCGAUGGCCCGGGACGCCGCGGACGGCGAGAGGCAACCGCCGGCGGAGGUGCCGUUUGAACGGCCGCCCCUGGGCCGGCGCGCUGAGCCCUGGGAUGCCACCGCCUACACCAGGCCGGGGCGAGGAAACUAUCAGGAGAGGAGAAAGGACGAGGCUGUGAUGGCUCCCCGUCCUCACGCCACAGCCGCCCCUGUGGAGGCCUUGCCGGAACCUCGGGGCCCAGCGGAGGAGGCGACCGAGCGGAAAGACCGGGCGGACGCCCUGGGACCGCCGGCAUCCAUCGCUGCCAUCACCGCCACCGCAGCCGUCACCGCGACGCCGACACCUGCCCUCCCACCAGCCAGGGGCCCACCCGUGGAGGAGAAGGCCGCGGCGGCCUCGCCGCUGUCCGUGCCCUCCGUGACCACGACCCCGCCGCGCCUGCCCUUCUCCCUGCCCUCGGGGCGCCUCGACCAGCCAGCGCGCACCACCCCACACGCUGCCGGAGACGCCAAGAUCACGGUGGCAGCGGUGCCACCGCAGCCGGCGCCAGCCAAGCCGGACGAGACCCCCGUCUCCCGGCCCGGCGACACGGGGGCCGCACCGCCGCCUCCGCCGCCGCCUCCUCCUCCUCCUGCGCCGCCGCUGCUGCUGCUGGCGUCCACGCCGGCUCCGCCGGCGCCGGCCCCCCAGUGGGGGGGACGCGAGGUCCCGUCGGCGGUUGCGCCCAGGGAGGAGCCCCGGGGCGGCGCCGGCACGGCCGCUCCCGCGCCGGCCGGGCCGGCUCCGACGGCGUCUCCUCCGCCGGCGCCCGCCCUCGUCGCUCUGAGCAAGCAGCAGCAGCCGGCGCCCGCGGCCUCUGAGGGGAAGAAGCUGAGCUACGCCGACGUGUGCAAGCGGCCGCCCAAGGAGACCCCGCCGGGCGCGCCGCCGGUGCCGCCGGAGGCCGCUGCCGCGUCGUCCCAGACGGCGGCCGCCCCUGCUCCGACCCCUUCGGCCGCCGCCACGGCGACGGCGAACGCCGCCGACAAGGGCCCGCACGGCACCCGCGACGACGGCAACGCGGAGAACGGCCCCGCGGCGGCGGCGGCCGCGGCCUCGGGAGCGCACGACGCCGACGGCCUUCCCGUCGAUUCUUCCGGAGGCGGCGAGGGCAGAGCGAGGCAGAGCGGUGGCGCCGGCAUGGACGGCGACCGCGGCGGCGGGAGCCCCACUCAAGCGCGCUACCACCGCGAACCGCGCGGCCGCAACCCCGGCUGGGGCCGCCGCUACCCGUUCCACCCGCCCGCCCGCUACCCCACGGCCCGCCGCAACUACCCGCGCUACAACGAGCGCUUCGGCGGGCAGCAGCUGCCAGCCGCCGGCGGGGGCGGCAACGCCGCCACCUCGGGUUCGGCCGCAGGCGGCUUCGCCGAUUGACGGGCGCGCCAGCGGCAGAGCGAGAGAGCUGCGGGUGCCGCUCCCCGGGGGCGAGUGGGGCGGACGUCGCCUGACAGCCAGCCCCCCCCCCCCCCACCCUCGGGCUCGGAUGGUCGACCGUGGGCCGCCCUCUCGCCCGCCUCCACGCGUCUCUCUUCGAACCCGGCAGUCGAUUCCUGCCUCUGUGUGGGGGUGGGGGGGGGGUAGGAGGAUGGUAGCCACCCAGGCCUAUGCGGGGUCAGCACUACCUGGCGCUUUCCUGUUUCCUGCGCUGCCAUCACCUUCUUACGCGUCUUCUUUGCCGAAACGACAACUUGCCGACGGCAGCGGCUGCCCUCCGCCCCACCUCCCUGCUGAUGAUGGUGAUGAUGAAUUUAGGGUGGAUUCGAGGAGAAGCUAGGGUUGGAACAAUACACUUUCAUUGCAUUUUUUUUUCCGAUUCAGCUGUCGUGUGGUUGGUGAAUUUCGCACGCUGCGAGGUUGACAAGGGACGAUUGUUUUUUUUGCGCCGCCUCCCAGGAUAGUGUUAGUUUUAUUUGUCUCUUGCGCGUGCAAGGAUCGGAUGACGUUCGUUUUCUUUUUGUUUUUACUCGAGGAUCAAUUUACUCUUGCUUCCUUUUAGCGGUCCCUUUUAAGUUUGUAAUGUUCACGUAGAAUCGCGAGGGUGCGCUGAAAUACGGAAAGCGGCAACUUGCGACGAAAACAACAAAACGCUUUGAAAAAAAAAAAUGUAAAAGUAAAAAAAUGUGUACAUAGGACGGCGCUGUUGCGGGCCUGUGGAGAAGAAGCGUUGGCCCGAGCAAUGGGGAACGGCGAUCGGCACCGCUGAGGUGCAUCGGCUUAGCGGAGCGCGAAUCGCAGCACGUUUUGAUUCUGAGUAAAUGUUCUUAGUUGCUUGGGCUAAUGUUCAACACUUUGUUAUAACUUAAAGGAAAAUGUUAUUUUUUUACAUGCGAUGUCGAUUGCAAAAAGAGAGAUGAUUUUAUCGUUUGAUUCAGGAUACUCUUUAAAUUUAUUCGGUUCGAUCGUCCUUUCAUUGCGUGCGUAAUUUUCUUUUCGUUUUUUUUGCAUUUCCUUAAGUGCCUUGACCCUUUGUGCGAUCCGCGAGCCGGGGCGGGCGAGGCCGCGACCUUGCCUUCACGUGCAGAUGCCCCGCGGGAAGUUAAAACAAAACAAGAAAAAUAUAUAGUGUUAUUAUCAUCA